AUGUCCCUCCCGUCUGCAGAGGUCGCCGCGGAUUUCCGCGAUGCCUUGAACGAUCUCAAGUUCAACAGCAGGCCCGAGAUCAGCAAUCUAACCAUCAUCGCGAAAGAGAAUACUGAGCACGCGCAAGCAAUUUCACGCGAACUUGAAGAGCACAUUAAGUCGACGCGUCCCGAGUACAAGCUGCCCGCGUUGUACGUGCUUGACUCGAUUGUCAAAAACGUCGGAACCCCGUACACGGUCUAUCUCGGCCGUAACUUAUACAACACCUUUGUGAACACCUACACUCUCGUGGAUAACCCUACCAGGAAGGCUCUCGAGGGCCUGCUGCGCACAUGGAAGCAGUCGGUUCCCGAGUCCAUGGACACCCGGCCCGUCUUCCCCGUUGACAUCACCCGCGCCAUUGACAACAUGCUUCUCAAGUACAAGACGGUGAUAGCCCAGCAGCAGCAGAAUCAGCCCAGGCAACCAGGCCCGUUCCCAGGUCCGGAUCCCAGAGCUACACAUUCGCCCUUCCCUCCUGGAAGUGCAGCCAGGCAGUCGCCAGCUCAGAAUGGGAUGCCCUUCCAUCCUCCACCAAUGCCCGCCCGCCAGUCUCCGGCUCCUGCCAUGACCUUGCCGUUUGGCAUGCCACCGCAGGCCUACCGUAACUCUCCGGUCCAAAGUGGAACACCGUUCGCGCCGCCCACCGCUCCGUCGCUGGAGAAGAUUCAAGGAGAUGUAGAAAGGCUGAUUGUAGCUGCUAAGCUAGACUUUGCUGCCAACCCGUAUGACCCGGAGAAGCAGAAGCGGUUGAAGACUUUCUUAGAUCUGCAGACUAUUCUUAAAGCGCAGCAGCUGCCUCCUGAUCAACUUCGAGCCGUUGAGCAGCAGCUGGCUACGCUUGGUGGCACAUCGAUUACGCCAUCAGCGCCAGCAUCCAUCGCCCCAGUCAGCACGCCUGUAGUACCCCUUGCUUUCCCUAUGCCGACACAGACCCCCCAGAUUCCUCCUAUUUCCACGCCGGCGCAGCAACCUUCUACUCCAGCUCCCCCUAUGGCACCUGGUGCCAAUCCUCCUUCACUCGCGGAUUUGCUCCGGGGGUUCAAUAGCGCAACUCCCAGCCAGAAUCCGACUCCCGUCCCACCUCCUGUAUCGGCACCUCCGAUGGCUGCUGCGCCGAUGAACAAUCCAUUUUCUCUCCUGGACACACUUCGUGCUCAAGGCUUGCUGGGGAGCAGUUCUACGCCCAUGCCAGCUUUCGCGGCUCCGGCCCCGUCCGCUAACACAGGAUCGGCGCGCAACGACGUUGAGUUGACCAAGGAGUCGAUCAAAAAAUCCCGCCCCGAGCUGAUCGGCCUGCUCUAUGAAGCUCGGCCGAACCAAUGCUCCACUUGCGGCCGUCGCUUCCCUUCGGGUGACGAAGGCAAGGUCCAGAAAAGAAGGCACCUUGACUGGCACUUCAGGGUCAAGGAUCCAAACCUCGUCAAGCAGGCCAUUCACCGCAGCUGGUACAUUGGCGAGAAGGAGUGGAUCGAGUACCGCGAGCAGGACGAGGCCAAACCGCCUGCGGAGACAAACGGUAACGCGGCCGCUGCUGCCAAGACGAAUCAGCAGCGUUGGGUGCGGAUACCUCUGGACCCUGAGCUCGUGAACGCUCCAUGCCCGAUUUGCCAGGAAAAGUUCACGCCGUCGAGGCUUGAUGAUGAGUUUGUGUGGCUGGACACGAUUCAGGUCGGGCCAAAGUACUUCCAUGCCAGCUGCUACGAAGAGGCAUAUGGAAACGCACGAAGUACACCUGUUUCUAUUUUGGGCAAGAGAGGCGCGGACGAGGGCGCCAACACUCCGUCGAAAAAGAUGCAGGUCUGA